AUGUUGAACGGCGAUAAUUUGGCUUAUGGUACCAUGGAUACCGAUGGAUCUGAGGUUGUUGCUGCGAGCAGUGAACGGGUUGAGAGACCUAAGAUUGAAAGGAGAAAAACAACUUAUACUUUCCCUAUCAAAAUCAUGCCCUCACCCAAAUCCACUACUACAUCUAGCACCUCACCAGAGUUCACUGAGGUCGAAACUCAAGCCUAUUAUAAUGAAUCCUUAGAUUACAAUUAUAUUUCCUCCCGAUUCGCCUUUUCCCUUGGUUUGAAACCCGAUGCGGAUCGUGAAGCUAAACCACGAUCAAAAUCCGUCUCGAAACCAAAGAUUCCCUUUAAACCAAAGCAUUUGGCUAGAUCUCAAACUGCACCGGUUGCUGAAAUUAAACCUCUCCAGAGAUCAAUAACGGAACCGCUCUUUAGAAGAGUUUUCGCACCUCUGAAUAGAGAAAAUACGAUUUCGGAAGAUACACCCGCUUCUACAUCUACAAAUUAUCCUCUUCCACCUAGACUUCCACCUCGUCGUACUUCUACGACUGCUACUCUCGUUCCAUCCAAUUCCCAAGCUCCUCCCAUUUUCUCACUUCUUGAACCAACGCCAGAAGCCAUCGCGAGAUCAAGUUUGACGAGCCCAUUAUUUCCAGAUGCGGAUUUGAAUCCCUUUUCACCAAGGCCUGGAGCUACUUUUGGUGCAAUGGUUGCCGAUACACCACCCCGAACAGCCCAGCGACCAAAACCAUUACACACUCACACAGAAGGUCAUCCCAGUCUUUUCGAAGCCCUCAAUUCUCACCCCGUGAUCCCCAUCACAAAUGUCCCCACCAUCUUCACCGAAGAACCCGAAGGAAUCUCCGAAGAACCCGAAGAAAUUUCCAAUGAAACCGAAGAAAUUUCCAAUGAAACCGAAAGAAAUCUCGAAGGGAUGGGAAUCGGCACCGGUAUCGGCAUGGGAUUCGGUAUCGGCGAAGAAAUCCGCGGUCGGGAAGAGGACCUGGAUCCUAACGCCAUGACGGGCGAUCUAACCCUUCAUUGGAAAUCCACCCCCUUAUCUCGAUACACACAACGAACGGUAUUUUGGAUCGUGCCGCACGCCAAAUUCGAUGUCGUUUUUGGACAUGACGAAACGGAUUUCAAUAUUCCAAUUCGGAAUCCUCCGAAAUGGGGAUUAGGAAGUUGGGGUAUUGGGGCAGGAAAGGGGAGAGCGGAGAGAAAUCAAUUUCGAGAGGGGAUUCGAAGGGGGGUUUUGAAGAAGGUGUUGGAUCAAAGUAAUUUUUCACUGCUGCAUAGUGCGACGAAUAUCAUGGAUGCUUGGUUAAGACCACCGUAUCCAUCGCAUUUGCGGGCGGGUUCGAAUCUUUCGGAUUCAAAGGUGCAUUUACUUUCUGGGAAUGGUAGAGAGGAGGAUGUGGUUGAAUUACCACUUACGCUCUCGGAAUUGCACCAUCAACUCGAGAAGGAAUUGCAUUGUGCGGAUGAGCGGAGACGCAAACAUGAGGGGAAACGCGCGGUUAAUAUAUGGGAUGUGAGGGCUGGGAAAGCAGUGUUGGCGGAACAGGCUAAGGGGGCCAGUGGGGAGAUUCGAAAACUGGUGGGGGUCGUGGUGAAAGAUGUGAGGGAGAGGGAUGUUGGGAAGACAGUCGUGAUUGCUGGUCUUGAGGAGGCUCCGGUAUUGGGAUCAGCAGCAGAUGUCGAAACUGAAACCGCGAGUGAUGAAAUCGUUCACGUGGAAAAUCCUUUGACCACUACAUCUCAUGCAAAUGCAACCGAUGCAGCAAACGAAGAUCUCGCAAUCCAGCCCCAGCUUCAACCUAGAACUUCACUCCCCCUCUCACCCCUCAUCUCCACAUCUCCACUUCAAACCGAACAAAUCCACAUCAACAUCCCCGCCCCCACCGGUGCUCCAAACCCCACACCCACAAUCGACAUCCUCCCCAAUCCGCAAACCUUUGAACUUUCCCCCACCGUUGCAAAUCAAAGCCAAAGCCAAAGUGCAAGCUCGAGUCUCCGCGUCGAAUUCACUGAUGCGCAGAUGCAGGCGCAGAUGCAUGCACAGAUGGAUGCUGAAGCUGAAUUACAAGCAGAAGCAGAAGCUGAAGCAGAAAUAAAAGCACAAAUGGAAAAAGAUAUUCAGGCACAAAUGGAAAGGGAGGUUCAGGAACAAAUUGAACAGGAUGAAUGGGAAGAACGGGAUGAGGAUAUGAGAAUUGCUCCGGCUCUUCCUCCUCGUCCUUUGCGUUUUGAGUCUGCUGUUUUGGCUUCGGGUUUGGAGUCGGGAUUGGACUCAAUUAAAGAAGUCAAGGAAACUGGAAGUGAAAAUGAAAAUGAAAAAGGGAGUGAAAUGGAAAUGGUGAAAGAUAAGGGGAAAAUGAGUAUAAGUACAAGUACAGAUAUACAUAUCCACACCUCACUCUCGAAAUUACGCUCCGCGCAUGCGCUUGAUGGUGGGGAUGAGGAUGGUGAAGAUGAGGAUGAUGAUGAAGGAGAUGGAUAUGGAGAUGAUGGUAAUGAAAUGAUGUCAGAGAUCAUGUUAGCGGGUAUUCCGGUUAGGAAAUUGGAGUUGGAUGGGGAUGGGGAUGGGGAUUUUGGUGAGGGUGUGGAUGGAUUCGAACAAAUGUCGGAGAUUUAUGUUGGGGAUAGGGAUGCGGGUAUGAAUGUAAAAGAAAGAUUUGAAAAAUUGUGGGAAACAGAGGAUGAGGGGGUUCAUAGGGAGAAGAGGGUUUGGAGAGGAAGAUUUAGAGGGGUUUUGGGGGAGUUGUUGAUGGUGAGGGGAGGGAGGGUUUGA